GUUUAUUUUAAAAUGAGUCUGUUCGACAUCGAAGAUAUUAAAGUGAAGCCGGACAUUGUUUGUACCUAUCCGGAUCCGACGGUACCCGCCAAUGCAGCAAUUAUAAUUGAUAACGGAUCGUACCAGUGCCGAGCCGGUUGGGCUUCGAAGGAGUCGCCUUCGCUGAGUUUCAAAAACGUAUUGGCUAAGCCAAGGAAAGACCGCAGCAAGAAGGAUGCAGAAUUAACGGUUCAACCAGCGGUGCAAAUUGGAAAUGAUAUUGCCAACAUUGAGGCGGUGCGGUUUCAGCUCAGGACACAGUUCGAUCGAAAUGUGGUAACUCACUUCCAUAUUCAGGAACAAAUUUUUGAUUACCUCUUUGGUAAGCUGGGAAUAAAUACCAACGGCAGUAUAAAACAUCCAGUCUUAUUAACGGAAUGUGUUGCUAAUCCUAACUACAGCCGAAGUCUAAUGGCGGAGCUAAUGUUCGAGUGUUACGGAAUUCCAGGAAUUUCGUAUGGCGUUGAUAGUUUAUUCAGUUUUCGGACGAACAGCUCCGUGAAGGAUGGACUAGUUAUUUCAUGUGGAUAUCACGCUACUCAUGUCAUACCAAUUCUUAAUGGGCGGAUGAUAGAAGAUAAGGUUCGCAGAAUCAACCUAGGAGGUUUCAAUAUGAUCAACUUUAUGUUCCGAUUGCUGCAACUAAAGUACCCUGUCCACGUGAAUGCAAUAACAUUAAGCCGUGCAGAAACAAUGAUUCACACUUACUGUUCUGUUGCUUAUGAUUAUCUUGAGUCGUUGAAAAACUGGGCCUGCUUGGAAUACUACGAUCAGAAUGUAAUCAAAAUUCAACUUCCUUAUAAUCAAGCAGCAUCGGCUCCGGUGUUAACAGCAGAACAGAGAGUAGAGAAACGGAAGGAGUUAUCCCGAAGACUGGCCGAAAUCAACUUACGUAAAAGGGAAGAAAAGCUUGCCCAGGAUAACAUACUUCUGUCUCGCAUGAUUGCGGCGGAGGAAAAUUUGGACGAUGACAAUGUGUCGCUAACUUUACAGGAAUUCGGGGUGAACAAUACUGAAGAACUAAAAAAAUCUAUAGUCACGCUAAAGGAUCGUGUCACCAAAGCUACGCAAAAAAUGAACGCGCCACAGAACUCACAAGAGGAGGAAAAACCACGGUUUUUGCAACCGCCUUCCAAUAUGACUAUUCCUGAGUGGGUUCAGGAAACUCGCAGAAAACGAGACGAAAUUUUGGAUCGCAAACAGUCUCGUAAGCAGCGGCGACAAGAUCUAGCAAAACGCAGAACUGCUGCUGCUCAAGAACGUAUGCGAAUCAUUUCUCAUUUAGCCAAGAAAGAGAAAGGUGUGGACGACUUCGGUAUGCGAGAUGAAGAUUGGGACGUGUACAAAUCUAUAAGUCGCGAUGGUGAUAGCGAUAGUGAAGCUGAAAAUGAAAAACUUAUAGAGUGUGAAGAAAUUCUCAAACAACAUGACAGCAGCUACGUUGAACCCACGACGUCAGUGGGAAAUAUCGCAGAAUUCCAUCAACUCCAUAUUGGAGUAGAACGUAUUCGUGUGCCGGAAAUUCUCUUUCAACCUAGCAUCAUUGGAAUUCAUGAAGCCGGCCUCGCCGGUACAAUUGAUUAUGUGCUAAAAUUGUUCCCUCGGAAGGACCUAGAUAAAAUGAUUGGAAACAUACUACUGACAGGUGGAUGUGCAAACAUCCGAGGUUUCAAAGAACGAUUGACUCGUGAGUUGCAGCAGCUUUUACCAUUUCAAUCUGUAUUUAAGCUUCAAGUUGCUUCGAAUCCUACUAUGGAUGGCUGGAAAGGUGCCAGUCAAUUUGCUAUGAGCGAGCAGUUUAGGCAAUCCCUCAUUACGAGGCAGAUGUACGACGAAUUCGGUGGAGAGUAUUUUAAAGAACACUCGGCUAGCAAUUACUACUGUCAAACACCUUCUAAUUCGGAGUUAAAUGAAAGUUUUAACUGA